AUGUUGGCGCAAAGUCUUUGCAUUCGACUGCUGAUCCCCCUCCUGCUACUGAAAUCUACUUGCACCGUUCAGGAAAAAUCACACAGGUACUUCUGGAGCACAAAGUUGCGACAGAGAACGUCGAAAGUGUUUGGCACCAAAAAAACACAGUAUAAAUCGCUGUUGAUCAGUACGUGGAACUACACAGAUGCCAACUUGCAGGCAUGGAGUGUCUUGCAGCAGGGUCCGCAAAGGACCCGCCAGGCGGUGAUCCAAGGAUGCCUGGCCUGUCAACACCCGCGAUGUGGCCACCUCCUGGCCGGAGGAUCUGCUCCAGACUCCCAGGGCGACCUCACCCUAGAAGCAGCCAUCAUGGAUGGCUCCAGUUUGGGCUACGGCGCAGUGGCCGGAAUGAAGGGAGUUCGGAAUGCCAUCCUUGUAGCCGAUGCCGUACUGCGGCACACAAAACAUUCGCUGCUGGUGGGCAAGAGUGCUGCAAGAUUUGCCCGGUCCAUGGGCUACAAGGAGGAUUAUUCUGCGGGUAUGCGCACCGAGUAUGUCCUGAAAAAAUGGCAAUUGACCGGCUGCCAGCCGAACUUCUGGCGCGAUGUUCACCCGCCGCCGAUGAACAACUGUGGUCCAUACUCUCCCCUGCCCCAGCACAUGCUCCGCCAACCGAUGCACCAGGAAUAUCCAAUCGUCCCGGGUCACCACGAUCAGCUGGCCUUCCUGGCACUGGACGCGGAGCGCAAGUUCCACGUGGCCAGCCAUUCGAGUGGUGCCCGAUUUCGGAUCCCCGGACGGGUGGGUGAUGCGACAGUGCCGGGAGCCGGAAUCUAUGCGGACAACGCGGUGGGAGCUGCGGUGGCCAGCGGGGAUGGCGAUGUCCUCAUGCGCCACCUGCCCGCCUUUCUGGCCGUCGAAGCCCUGCGAGCGGGACAAAAGCCCGACAAGGCCGCCGAGUGGGUGGUGCAGCGCGUGCUAAAACACAAUACCGAGUUCAACGGCGGCGUGGUGGUGGUCAAUCGGCGGGGCAUCUACGCUGCCGCCUGUGCCGGCAUGGAUGAGUUCCAUUUCGUGGUCAGCGGGGGCAAGGGGUUCCUCAGCAUGGCGCGGGUGGAGAAAGUCAAGUGCGUGGAUCGGAAUGAAAUCGUGGACGGUGGCCCCAAGGGACUAUUUCAUCCAAAUCCUGAUAAGCUAAAGCUGCCAAGAGCAAGCGGAGUCGUCAGAUAGAUAUAAGGG